ACAUGACUUCAGUUGAAUCAAAGAGCGCCGUGUUCCAUCGAAGUCUUCAUACAGACCCUAUUCCAGUAGUGGGGGCUAGUGGAAACUAUCUGCAUCUGGCUGAUGGCGGAAAACUGCUUGAUGCCACAGGAGGUGCAGCUGUAUCGUGUCUGGGCCACGGACACCAGCGUGUAAAAGAAGCCAUCAUCAGUCAAUUGGACGUGGUCUCGUACGUACAUUCGGCAACCUUUGCUACAGAAGCCGCAGAGAUGCUUGCAAAAGAACUCGUCGAAUCAACAGGCGGAGAAAUGUCGAAGGCGUAUAUCGUCAGCUCUGGUUCCGAAGCAAUGGAGGCAGCUCUGAAACUUGCGAGACAACAUUAUCUCGAAUCUAAACCUCCACAGCCACAGAGAACCAAGUUCAUCGCCAGGCACGAGUCUUAUCAUGGAACAACCUUGGGAUCGCUGUCGAUCAGCGGCCACAGGGCACGCCGUGCACCUUAUGAACCUAUGCUACUUGCUAACAUGAGCAGAGUCUCUGCCUGCAAUGCGUAUCGUGGCGUGGGAGAGAGCGAGACAGAGGCAGAAUAUGUGAAUAGGCUGGCGAAGGAACUGGAUGACGAGUUCCAACGUCUUGGCCCGGACACCGUAUGUGCCUUUGUGGCCGAGCCUGUAGUCGGUGCUGGAUAUUUCCAGGCAGUACGCGCUAUUUGUGACAAGUACGGAGCGCUCUUGAUUCUCGACGAAGUGAUGUGUGGCAUGGGUCGUACAGGCACAAUGCACGCUUGGCAAUCGCCCUUGAUUGGCGUCACUCCAGAUAUACAAACCAUUGGGAAAGGGCUAGGUGGCGGGUAUGCACCCAUAGCAGGUGUGCUGAUCAGCCGCAAGGUCACCGACACGCUAUUCCAAGGCACUGGUGCGUUUACCCAUGGACAGACGUAUCAAGGUCACCCCGUCAGUUGUAGAGCAGCGCUAGAAGUACUCAGAACUCUCCAUGACGAAAAGCUGGUACAGAAUGCGGCUGCUAUGGGGGCGAAACUAGAGGAGCUGCUGAAGCGCUUUGUCCUACCCCUACCUCAUGUUGGUGAUAUCGAGUUUGUCAAAGACAAGACAACGAAAGAGCCGUUCGAUCCGAAAGAGAAUGUUGCAAUGAGCAUACACGAGAAAGGUGAGUCGCUGGGACUGNGGUUGAGUGAUCCACACAACAUCACGCUCUAUCCUGGAACUGGCACGGCUGAUGGAAGGAUUGGAGACCAUAUUCUCCUUGCUCCUGCGUACAAUGUGACAGCGGAAGUGAUAGAACUGAUUGUGCGAAAGACGGCAAGAGUUAUCGAGGAGUAUUUUCAAGCAGCG